AUGUACAGACCUCAAAGAGAAAGCUUUAUAAUACAAAUAGGUGGUGAAAGUGGCAUUCAGAACUCAAAAACUAGGGUAUUGAAUUUCUCAGGCAUGAAAUUCUUUGAUCGCUUCCGCAAGAUGUUAAUGAAGUUCAUCUUCUCCACUGGCUCUCGGGCGGCACCGGAGGUGGUGCAUAGGCGGCGGUCUUGUGAUCACAGACCUGACCCUCCCAAAACUUCUUGCAGCUCAACAUACUACUCCUCGAAUUCACACUAUAAUGAAGCCAUUGCUGAUUGCAUUGAGUUCUUUAACAAGUCAUCACAGGAUGGGAUUUUUGGCUCUGGAAAAUCAGAUCUUGUGGUAUGA